AUGGCUCCCAGCGGCCCUGACCGCAAACCCGAAAAAUCCUACCUGUCGUCUGCCGUCGACUCCAUCAACCCGUGGGCUGGCGCCCGGAGCACAACACCAACCCAAAUCCCCAAGGAUCCCCCUCCGCCCCCCGUGCAGGGUCAAAAAUCCCGCCCUGGCGACCACAGCAUCACCCAUUUAUACGGCCAGAGCAUCAAGAGCUACCCCGCCGACUGUCCUCCUCUGAACGUGCUCUGGUACCACGCAACUGAUGUACCCAAGCGCAAACCCCAGUUUCUCCGAGACAAAUCGAAACCUGCCGAUGACGCCAAGCCGCCGCCCCAGCCCAAGAAGUUCGUUCCUUUUUCAAAGCUAGACUCACGCGCUAUCGAGGCUACAUACCAGCGCCUGCUUGAGGAUUCAGAGAAGAGAAGAGGCGGCCGGUCGUUGCGGAACGUGUCGGCGGGCUCGCGCCGUGGCCGCAGGGAUACCGACGAGGAGAGCAACCACAGCAGCUUGGAGACCAGCCCCGAAGGUGCUCAGGGUCCCAAAACGCGGGUUCCUGUCCACGAGGAUUAUCUUUUCGAUGUCGACAUCGAAAACCGAGAGCUAUCCCCCGUCUACUGGCUCGGCCCUGUCUACGAAGUCCGCCGCGGUACCUGGUUCUAUGAAGAAGGCUCGUCCUUGCGGCCAUGUGAAGAGAAUCUGGCAUCGCAGUUGGAGGAGGGUUACCUCAAGGUCAAGCCCUGGACGUACCCGAACCCGAGGGUUCGCAGUGACCCCAAGAACAAGGACGCCAAGACCAAGGGCGUGACACCAAAAGCAUCCCUCGACAAUCUCAAUGCUGCCGCCUCAACAACUCCAACCGCAGAGAGCAGCAGCAAAGUACCCGGACCUCAGAACCAGCACCAGCCGUCGUCGCACCGCUUGUUCGGCGCCUGGAUGAACAGCAUCGCCACGUAUCAGGACGCAAGCACAGCAUGGCUCACGUCAAACAGCAUGCUCUCAUGGGUGACCUCCACCAUGUACGAAAGAUUCUCGGGGGGCGGUUUCAUGAGUGGUGUCAAGCUGGUGAGGGGCUAUUCCGAUGUGGCCAAAAACAAGAAGGAGAAGCAGCCGUCCACCCCCACCGAUGCCACUGCCACCUCGCAACUUGACGAGAAACAGCAAAAGCUGCUCAAGAGGAGAUCUGCGCCGCCUUCUUCCGCGCCGUUUCAGUCCAAUGACGACCUCUCACGUGCCGAGGAGAAAGGCAACGAGGAGAACUCCCUUCAACGGCAGAUCUCGUCACUAAUGGAGGGAGCCGAGCGGAACCAAGAGGAGCAGGAAGAGGAGAUUCGGAAACGCGAGGAGAAGGAGAUCGAAAACGACUACAACGGCCAGCUUGGCGAAACUCAAGGGCGCGAAAUCGAGCAUCUGGUCCUCGUCACGCACGGGAUUGGCCAACUCUUGAGUAUACGCAUGGAAAGCAUCAACUUUGUUCAUGACGUCAAUGUCCUGCGCAAAAACUUCAAAUCCGUGUACUCUAGCUCUGCGGACCUGCGGGCUCUGAACUCGGAGCUCGAAGAUGGCCAGAGAAACUGCCGCGUGCAGGUUCUGCCUGUGUGCUGGAGACAUCUUCUCGACUUCCCCAAGAGACGGGAGAAGAAGAACGAGCAAGACAUUGGUGAUGCCGCUCUAGAUGAGGAGGAGUACCCUUCUCUUGAGGAUAUCACCAUCGAAGGUGUGGCUUUCGCCAGGUCUCUGAUUUCCGACCUCGCGCUUGAUGUUUUGCUAUACCAAAGUGCCUACAGAGAACAGAUCUCGGAGAUUGUGCUGAAAGAAUCCAAUCGAAUCUACAAGCUGUUCCUUGAACGGAAUCCGGAAUUCAAGGGCAAGGUUCAUAUCAUCGGGCACUCUCUCGGCUCCGCCAUCAUGUUCGACAUCCUGUGCCGGCAGAAGGAGAAGCCCAGAGGGCCGGAGAGCCCCCGGAAUCCUCUCCGCUUCUGGCCAUCGCAGGAGAAGGCCCAGGGCUCCCGGGAUCGAGAGGCCAAUGAGCUCCGGUUCGAGUUCGACGUGGAAGACUUUUACUGCCUAGGAUCUCCGGUGGGCUUGUUCCAGAUGCUCAAGGGACGGACCAUUUCAGCUCGCCACCUCGCCAACACCCGUCCGUCGGAAAGCCCCCUGGAUCCAGAUUUGAUGGAUGACCCCUUUCUGGCGGCGGCGCCAUCAAGUCCAACCCACAGGAUCUCUGCAAUUACCGGGCUUCCUUACUCCGUGUCAUCGCCCAAGGCCUCGCAGCUCUUCAACAUCUUUCAUCCCUCAGACCCCAUCAGCUACAGGCUAGAGCCCCUGAUCUCACCUGCCAUGUCGACAUUGAAGCCCCAGGUGUUGCCGUACACCAAGAAGGGCAUCUUUGGCAACGUGACCCAGCAAGGUCUGUCAGGUAUCGGCAUGAAGGUUGGGCAGAGCGUCAGCGGGCUGUGGUCUAGCCUGAGCGCAGGGAUCGCGAGCAACCUGCUCAACCGCAGUCUGGGCCUCAGCAACGAAGACGUGGCCAAGAUGAACUCGGCGAAUGCUCCAUCACAGGUUUCAGGAGCGGGUACCAACAUUGCCGACAGCGGCGUGAUCUCGGACGUGUCGAAGCUAGAGGCGAAGACCAACGAGCGCAAGAAACAGCUUGCAGAUUCCAAGGCCAUGGUUGGCCGUACCAGCAUCAGCGGCAACGAGAUGACGUUGAUUGACGACGAGCUGGAGACGCUCUACGCCAAGUUCCAGGAGAAGCGCAUGGAUCUGCCCAAGACGGACGACGACGAUGGCGGCAGGGCGGACUGGAUCGAGGCAGAGCGUAAGGCGCAGAAGCUGCGCCGGGAGGAGAUGAAGGUGCGCGCUCUGAAUCGCAACGGGCGUGUGGACUACAGUAUUCAGGAGAGCGUCCUGGACUUUAACCCGAUGAACACGAUUGCUUCGCACAUGAGUUACUGGUCUGACGAGGACGUCAGCCACUUUAUCCUCUCACAGCUUCUUUCUAAUAGAUCGCGGGCAGGCCGCAGAUAG